AUGGUUUCAGAUUCCAUACAUCCCGUGAAACAAUUUAAUUACUCCAUGAGACAUUUCCUCGUUGUGGCUCGAUUCGUUGAUAAGAAUUGGCUCCCUAGAUCAUGUGAUUUAACAUCAACGGUGGUUUGGGGUGGGGGUGGGAAAAAGAGCGAGAGGUCUCCCCCACUCCUUGGCCAGACUCAGUCUGUGAUAGCCACCGCGUGCGUCUGGAGCUCUCCUGGAAGUAUUGUCAGUGUCGAAAGUGUUGUGAGAUCGCUGUCGAGACCCCACAGUACUGUUUACAGUAUUCCUAGGAAAGGAUUCUUCGGCUGCCACGGAGUCGGCCAACAAGAUAAUGUAUUGCCUGGAGAACUGAAAGGGAGCUCAGACCGCGGCGUUAUAAAGGAGCUGUCAAAGAAGUGGAAGCUUGGGCACGGACCUGGAAGAAUUAUGGCUCUUGGGCAGUUUGGUUCCUUUUCAAAAACUGGAGAAGGAACUCCAGCCUGUCUUAGAGCGUUAAUGUCCCUCCCUCGAAGUCAAAUCCUCCCCUCGCCGAACCAUCAAACGGUCAUUACCGCGACCUUCCAUUCCUUGAAAGCAAAACUUUCUCGACACUGACACAAUAGUUCUCUCUCCUUUUGGUUGGACCUGUCAUAAAUCUACACUGCUUUCGUUGGAAGGGAC